AUGGACAAAGAACAGAGAGCGAAAGAGAGAGAAAAAGAGGGGGAGAGGGCGUUUUAUCUGCUUUCUUCUCUCUCGAUCUCUUUUGUCGUGGUGGUGUUGUUUUGGUGUUCUCUUCUGCAAUCUUCUUCUCCUAUUGAACGCAAACGACGCGGUAUUUGUUACUCAACGCACCACCACGGUCGACGACGAAGUGAUUUAUUAUGGUCGUCGUCGUUUACGUCGUUUACGUCGUUCUUCUUCGUCUUCUUCUUCUUCUUCGCGAGAGCAAAGAAGGGAAAGAGAUUAAGAAUUUUACUCUCCUUGCGUUACCUUCUUCUUUCUCUCUUCUCCCUUUUUCGGUGGCAAAAUCUAAUUUUAUCAUCCUCCCUCCUCUUUCGCCUCCGCCUCCCCUUAAAAAAUUCUGACCUGUUUUUCCUCUCUCCCUUUGUUGUUUUAUCUUUGGGCGAGUGGUUUAUGAAGUACGCGUUGAAAGACUCAAAAGGAACCGGCGCUGGCUACGAGGACGACUUGAAGAACAACCAAUACAAACCGAAGGGUAACUUAUCCGCCUCGGUUGGCGGGUCGUUCAAAGGGGCGAACGAUGUAUAA